UUGGUUUACUUUUUAAUCCUGUAUGCAUUGCGUCCCGGCAAUGGGAGGGUAGCCCACAGUCAAUCACACGGACAUUGAAGCCAUUCAUACGAGAACAGAAAGUUGUUUACUUUCUCUGAACUAAAAUCACAGAAGAUCAAACACUAAUGCUUUAAAAAGAAAGAAAAACAGGGUGAUUCUAUCCAGAAUGGGAACAAUCAUCGACUCCCAUUUUCUAGCACCCACUGCCAUCCUCACUGUUGGGUAUCAGUUGAUAUUCUUUAUAGUCACUGCUCUUCUAAAGAUUGAUAAAGUCACCGAUUUUGCUGGAAGCACCAAUUUUCUUAUCCUUGCUGUGUUGACUUUGGUUUUGAAAGGGACAUGGCAUUUCAGGCAGGUAGUUUUGAGUUUACUCGUUGUAACAUGGGGUCUUCGCUUGGGAUUUUUCCUAUUAAUGAGGAUACUGCAGUGGGGAGAGGAUAGACGCCUUGAUAAAAUGCGUGGCAAUUUGGGGAGAUUAGCAAUUUUCUGGAUAUUUCAGGCGGCCUGGGUUUGGACAGUAAGUUUACCUGUAACAGUGGUUAAUGCAAGUGACAGAAAUCCAUCUCUUCAGGCUGAGGAUAUAAUUGGGUGGAUUAUGUGGUCUGUGGGAGUUUCAAUUGAAGCUGCUGCUGAUCAACAAAAAUUGAAAUUCAAGAACUCUGCAGAAAAUAUAGGAAAAUGGUGCACUGUUGGACUUUGGAAAUGCUCUCGGCACCCCAAUUAUUUUGGCGAGAUUUUACUCUGGUGGGGAAUUUUUGUGGCUUCUACACCUGUUCUCAAAGGUGCUGAGUGGCUCGUAAUUUUUGGGCCACUCUUUUUGACGCUGUUGCUUUUCUUUGUCAGUGGCAUACCAUUGCUUGAGAAAUCUGCUGACAAGAAAUUUGGCAAUAUGGCUGCAUAUAGGGAGUAUAAGAGGACAACUAGCCCUCUCAUUCCUCUGCCUACUGUAGUAUAUGGGAACUUGCCAUCAUGGUUGAAAACAACUUUCCUUUUCGAGUUCCCUCUCUACAGUCGCAGUCCUGUUCCGUAGUCGCAGUCUUCCUGACGAGCAGACAAACAUGGUGAGACCACUGUACACUUUCUCUCGCAUUUGAUUUGAUUAACUUUCUGCAUUCUCAGGAGAAUCUAUUUGUAGUAAUUGUGUGUAUGAAACUGCAGAACGCAAAACUUGUGUAAUACUUCAUAUAUAAGUAUUGUUCCCUUCUUGUCUAA